AUGGAUGAAAAUAACGAAAAAAGAAUUUUGACUCGAUUCAAAUCUGAAUCCGGAGAUGUAAUUGAGGGUUUAUUAGAUUUGCCAGUAAAUGUUACAGUUCAAAACCUCCAACGAAUGUGUAAUGCUCUAUUGAAAGAGGAUGAAAACACAUCAUAUUUAUUUUUUGUCAAUGACCAAGAAAUUACUGACACACUUGAAAAAGCAAUCAAAAAAGAUGUUGACAAUUCUGAAAAUGUGAUUGAAAUUAUAUAUCAGCAACAAGCUGUAUUUAAGGUAAAACCAGUGUCUAGAUGUACUAGUUCUUUACCUGGACAUGCAGAAUCAGUGAUAUCAGUUAGUUUUGGUCCCAACAGCAGAAAUCUAGCUAGUGGUUCUGGUGACACAACUGUUAGACUUUGGGAUUUAAAUACGCAAACUCCUCAUUACACAUUAACAGGUCAUAAAAAUUGGGUUUUAUGCUUGUCCUGGACAUCAGAUGGAAAAAAGCUUGCUUCAGGAGAUAAAAAUGGUAUCAUUUUAAUUUGGGAUCCAAUCAAUGGAAAACAAUUAGGAAAACCCAUGACAGGUCACAGAGGGUGGAUUACAUCAUUAUCUUGGGAACCCUACCUAAGAAAUUCAGAUUGCAGACAUCUAGCUUCUGCUUCCAAAGAUGGGACUCUUAGAAUAUGGGAUACUGUUUUAGGCCAAACGCUCAAAGUUCUUUCAUCUCACACUAAAAGUGUUACCUGUGUCAAAUGGGGUGGAGUAGGUUUAAUAUAUUCUGCCUCUCAAGACAAAACUAUUAAAGUGUGGAGAUGCUCUGAUGGAGUUCUAUGCAGAACCCUUGAAGGUCAUGCACAUUGGGUGAAUACUUUAGCACUGAGUACGGAAUAUGUAUUAAAAACUGGUCCUUUCGAUCCGAUGCAGGCUGAAAAUAUAGAUUUAAAUGCAGACAAAAAAUAUUUACAAGAAAUAGCUUUAUUAAAAUAUAACAAGGUGAACGUAGAUGGAGAAAGGCUUGUAUCGGGAUCUGAUGAUUUCACAUUAUUUUUAUGGAAGCCAGAGACUGAAAAGAAACCAUUAGCAAGGUUAACAGGGCAUCAGCAAUUAAUCAAUGAUGUCAAAUUUUCUCCUGAUGGUAGAGUAAUUGCUUCUGCAUCAUUUGACAAAAGUAUUAAGUUAUGGGAUGCAAAAAAUGGAAAAUUUCUCGGGGUUUUAAGGGGGCACGUUCAAGCAGUAUAUGUAAUUGCUUGGUCUGCAGAUUCUCGAUAUUUAGUUAGUGGAAGUGCAGAUUCAACUCUAAAAGUGUGGAAUAUUAAAGAAAAGAGACUAGAAAUAGAAUUACCUGGCCAUGCAGAUGAAGUAUAUGCUGUUGAUUGGGCACCGGACGGUUGUGUAGUUGCUUCAGGAGGAAAAGACAAAUUAUUGCGAUUGUAA